AUGUCCGCGAAUUACAACUACCCCUUACUACGGCCUAGGCCGCGACGCGGUCUGUCGCUCCUCUGCGUCAUCGCAUGCCUUUCAUGCACUCUGAUCCUGACCAUCUGGUAUGGCAUGAACUCGGACCGCGACUACAUCCACCCCAUCCUCACACAACUCAUCCCUGCGGGCCACUGUGCCUGCCAAACCUCUACCACCUUCGAAUGCUCCACCUGUCUCUCUUGUCCCGAAACUGGACUGCAACAACCCACCACACCUUCCUCCAAUUGGCAAUGGGAUUACCCACGCGAUGCUCCAAAUGAAGCUUUCGAUGAGAUGCAAUGUCAGGCUGCCUUUCCAGGUCUCUUUGAGGAUGUGGCGCGUGGCGAGCGGUAUUGGCGCGCAAAUGGUCGCCUCGCCACGGAGGACCUGGACGAUAUUCAUCUUCAGCCAGGUAUGGCGCGCGCCUUCAUUUCCCGUGGUCAUUUACAUGUGGUUGCUGCCCGUGCCAGUGGCGAGGACCAUCGUCGCAAGAUAUUGGGAGUACUGAGCUCGAUUCACCGUGCGCUGGCCGCGGAUCGGGAACGAGUCUCUAAACGUGAUAUUGAAUUUGUGUUUUCGGUGGAGGAUAAAGUGGAGGAUGUAACAAGUCCUGAAUUGCCGGUCUGGGUCUUUGCUCGCACCCCGCUGGAGCAGGGGGUGUGGCUAAUGCCUGAUUUUAGUUUUUGGGCAUGGGAUAACCCAAAUAACUACCUUGGGCCAUAUGAUCAGGUCGUGGAUCGGAUCCAGCGAUUGGAUAUUCCUUGGGACGACAAGAAGCCUCAGUUGGUGUGGCGUGGCAAGCCGAGUUUUGCUCCAAAGUUACGUAGGGCGCUGAUCGAAGCGGCCCGGGGUCAAACAUGGGGAGAUGUGAAACAGGUGGAAUGGGCCACUGGCACCAACGUUCUGAGAAUGGAGGAACAUUGCCAUUACAUGUUCAUUGCACAUGUCGAAGGACGUUCUUACUCUGCAUCUCUCAAAUACCGACAAGCCUGCAAUUCGGUUAUUGUCGCUCACAAACUCCAAUACAUCCAACACCAUCAUUACCUCCUCGUCGCUAGCGGACCACACCAAAACUACGUCGAAGUGGAACGAGAUUUUAGCGAUCUUUCUGAAAAGAUCGAGCCACUGGUUCAGAACACGGAAGCCGCUCGCCAAAUUGCACAAAACAGCGCCAGAACUUUCCGAGAGCGAUAUCUGACCCCAGCUGCGGAGGCCUGUUACUGGCGCUCCUUGUUCCAAGGCUAUAGCAAUGUCUGGAAUAGUAGCGUCGACCCAUGGUCCACAGGCUAUGGCAGAGAACGUGGCUUGAGAUAUGAAUCAUUUGUGCUGCUUGAGAGUUCGCGCAUGUAUGACUUCCGAGCCGAUGUCAUCUCAUACGGCACCUCAUAA